AUGGACAGUUCGGAGUAUGAUGGCAAAAUGAAAGCGCUGCUGGCAGACAGGAAGAUAUAUAAGCCAGUUAAAUAUAAUCCAACUGCCAGGGUCACUCGUCGUCUACGAAACCUCAUCAAAGACCACGAGGAUCUUUUUGAAGAGGAUGAAUAUAAUCGGCUAUACAGACCGAAAUCAGUCCAACCGCCCAAGCUAUAUGGAUUACCAAAGGUACAUAAAUCCAAUGUGCCAUUGCGACCAAUUGUUAGUCAGAUCAGUUCGCCAUCCUAUGAUCUCGCAAAACAUGUAACAAGCGUACUCCAGGGGCUAGUUGGAAAGACCUCGUCCUAUGUAAAAGAUUCUCGCCAUUUCAUUGAUAUUGUCAAGGGUAUAAGACUGGAACCAGAUGAGAUUAUGGUGAGUUUUGAUGUGGAAUCUUUGUUCACCAACGUUCCACUAAUAGAAUGCCUGGACAUCAUCAAAAAGAAACUACAGGAAUGUAACAUAUCGGAAAAGUAUAUCACUUUACUGGAGCACUGCUUGGAGGGAAACUAUUUCAUAUAUCAAGGACAGUAUUUUCUCCAAGUAGAUGGAGUGGCAAUGGGUAGUCCAGUUGCCCCAGUAAUCGCUAACAUCUGGAUGGAGCAUUUUGAGGAGUUAGCACUGGAGUCGGGGCCUAAUGUUAUAAGAAUGUGGAAGAGGUACGUGGACGAUAUCUUCUGCAUUUUAAAGGGGAAUAACGACACCGUCAAGAGUUAUAACGAACACUUAAACUCCAUCCACGCAAGGCUGAAAUUCACAUAUGAAAUAGAAUGUGACAGGUCCUUACCUUUUCUGGAUGUCAAACUGAUGGUGAGAUCGGACGGCACCUUGGCACACUCUGUAUACAGAAAACCUACGCAUACCGACAGAUACUUACAGGCAUCCUCUCAUCAUCACCCAAGGCACCUACAGUCUGUGAUCGCGUCCUUGGUGAACAGGGCACAUGACUUAUGUGACCCUGAGCACCUGGACGGUGAACUGGCCCAUGUCCAAGCUGUACUGGAGAGGAAUGGAUACCGUGGGAGGAUGAAACGCAAGCCGAAGAGAACGGAGAGACAUCCAGAGGUCAACAGACAACCAGCGUUUCUACCAUAUGUGAAAGGAAUAACGGACAAAAUUGGAGCAGUACUUAAGAAAUUCUCCAUCAAGACUGCACUUCGCUUGUUAGCGGAGAAUGUGAUAGAAGUCACAGAAUGUCACGGGAGGUAG